UGUCAGGACUGGCAGGAGAGGCCCAGCUUCAGUACCAAUCCUUCACAGCUGCAGGUCUAAGAUCUCAUGGCUGGAAGUUAUGGCAUGAUGGGUGAUGACGGUUCUAUUGAUUACACCGUCCACGAAGCCUGGAAUGAAGCCACCAAUGUGUACUUGAUAGUGAUCCUUGUUAGCUUUGCUCUCUUCAUGUAUGCCAAGAGGAAUAAAAGGAAAAUUAUGAGAAUAUUUAGCGUGCCACCUUCAGAAGAAACCUUGUCAGAGCCCAAUUUUUAUGACACAAUGAGCAAAAUUCGCUUAAGACAACAGUUGGAAAUGCAUUCCAUUUCAAGAAAGUAUGAGUACCAACAGCCGCAGAGCCAAGCUGACAGCGUGCAGCUCUCGUUGGAAUGAAACUUUAAACUCAGCACCGGAAGCAACAGUGGAGCAGAAUGUCAGCAAGCUCCCAAUCCCUCACCUCAAUCAUGACUGGCAUUUAGUAAACUUGUCAGAUCAAGUCAUCCCACCCAGCCCCCACCCCACCCAACCCGCCUCAGCUUUCUUUCAAUGCUUCCUCUAGGGCUGCAUAGGUACAAAAACACUUAGAAGGAAGAUGCUGUGUGACUAGAGAUGAGGGCUUCCCUUUUCAGGGUCUUCGAUGUCUUAAGAUAAAACAAAAAAUACAAACAUGCCUUUGGAAGCAAGAAUCCUGGAGUUAGUGCCACUAUGAUUAGAAUAUUUUUGCAGAGUCAAAAUAUGAAGUUCUAGCUAUUGACGUGGUUUGCUGUUAGGUUGUGGUCUGUGUGUUGUUUUCACUAUUGUUACUGUCUCUGAGUUGGUGACCUUUGCUUCACAGCUUGUAUGACACACCACUGAAUUGGAACUCUCUUCUCUGUCAUGAAGCAUAGCCCAUCUGCUAGUUGUGGGUGCGUUCUGUAACUGGGUUUGCCUCGCUUUGAUUGUAUUCCCAAAAACUUGUUAUUUUGUUUCUGGAGCACUCCAUAGGGCUCCUUGAGGCCAUGCUGUUAGACAAAGAGACAUUCUCUGUCUUGCUGUUGGCAACUUACUUCCCCAUGUUUCUCUGUCACUGUUGAAUGUUACUAUCUGGUGUCUUCUGCCUUUUAAAGCUUUGUUGAAGACCCA